AUGAGUGGAAUUUACGUACCCCUGAAGUGUGGAAUAAAAUUUUCGCCUCCCGCUGUUGUCAUAUUGUACGAGGAUACAGUGAAGAAGAAACAUCGAAAAUACAUAAUGCCGCUUAGAAACUUCAGAGCUAGCUCGAAUGUAAAUUUCAUUGCAGAAGAUCUUAAGGCUAGACAUAACAAGGUACUGGAAAGUAUCCCUCUUCUUACUGUAGAGAAGAUGCUUCGCCUUUUGCAAGAGAAUAUUAAAGGUGUUGAACUUGAUAAAGCUUUGGACCUAGUCAACAAGGAAUUUUCUGUUUGUGAUGAUGAGGAUCUAAACAAACUGAAUGCUGAGACUAUUAGGAGAAAAAAAGAAAUUAUGGACAUGACAUUCAAUAAAAACAGAGUGAAACCAACUGAUCCAAACUUUGUAUAUGACAAAAGAGUGGAUUUUAGUGAAAGUGAAAAGAAACGUGAAUCCGGUUGGGAUACAGAAGAUGUUGACGAUGAUUUUUGGAAUGUGUCAUGA